AUGAGAGAGAUCGGCGGGAGGAGAGGCUGGAGGGGGAAUCGGCUGGAGGAAUCGGCACUCUCCCUGGAGGACUGCUUGUGGGCUUUGUGUAGUACUGUGGAGGGGAAUCGGCGGGUCGAACGUGGAGGGAGGAGGAGGAGAGGAUGGAGGGGGAGGAGAGGUGUGGCGGAUGGAGGGGGAGGAGAGGCUGGAGGGCGGCGGGUUUGUUGGAGGAAUCGGCGAGGUGUGGCAGAGGAGAGGAAGAUGCUGGAGGGCGGCGGGUUUGUUGGAGGAAUCGGCGAGGUGUGGCAGAGGAGAGGAAGAUUUCUCCUCUAG